AUGGAGUGUGGAGUUGAAUCGCAACUGAGGAAGAUGGAACCACGGAGGAGAUUGAGAGUGACACAGAGAAGAUUCGACUGCCAUAGUUGCAAGAUUGAGAAAGACGAAGAGAAUUCUAUUCUCAUGAGACGCAAAGAGACACAAAUUUGUGAACCUUGUCCCAACAAAACACCAUCGUUUCAUUUGCAAUCUUUUUUUUUAUUUUGCCUUAAUUUUAAUAACCAGCAAAUAUUGAGCAAAGUGAAAGAAUUGUGGAAAUUGGGCGGGUUGAGGUGGAUUCCAUUUGGACCAUUACUGACCUGCCUGCGGAUCAUUGUUGGACUCAUACUACUGGACUUGUCUUGUUGA